UUAGCCCAAGUUUGGCUCUCUAAUUUCUCUGCGCGUAUCAUACAUUGGCCAUUCUUUGUCUUUCCUUGGCAAAUUGAAGACUGCUACUGGCCUGUUGAUCUCCAAACAGGUUAUCUCUCUUACUCAUUUUUUAAAUCAUCAUGUAGCCAUUCGAUUUGAUUAAUUACAGUAUUAAAUUAGACAAUGAUUUUUUUUUGGCUUCAGCUUUGAUGUAUAUUUUUUAUUGAGUUGUUUGUUAAACUUAGGGUUUCAACUCUUGAAGAGAAGAGAAGAGAAGAAAAUGGGUUUCAUAAUGGAAUUUGCAGAGAAUUUGAUAUUGAGGAUGAUGGAGGACCCAAAGGAGAGGGAUAAAAAAUUUAGGGAGCGCCUUUACAUGAGGAAGGAUCGAUGCCAAAAAACCAAAGAGAUGUGGAGUUAUCCUCUGCGACCUUAUGGAUUUUGGACUUUUGAACGCCACAAUUCCCAGCUCUUUAGGGAUGCUCAGAUUAGCCAAGCUCCCGGCCGCAGGGAUCCUUAUGAUGACCUUCUUGAAGACAGCUAUGCCUCCUCCUCCAAACGAAACUGAGGAAUCAGAAACCAUUGGAAGAUGAUUUGGAGCUUGGCCUGCAGAUGGCGAGUGGACAUUUAAGCAUUUUCUGUUUGUUUGAAUUUUCUUUCUUUUGUGCUACAAAAAGUGUCAGCUUGUUUUUAUUAUUGCUUCGAUGUUUUGAGACUGCUUUAUGGUUGAAAAAAAUUGUCCAUGUAUUUCAAAGGCCAAGAUAAACAAUGCUUUACUUUGGUGAA